GAUCUCGUUCGCGCGUCUCGCGAGCAUUGGGUGACUGGCUGAGGCGACGCCAGUUGGCCGGGCACUGGGUUGCUGUGAGGCUGAGGUUGCGGCGGAAGCAGAGAACAUGUUCCGAGCUGCGGCUCCGGGGCAGCUCCGACGGGCGGCCUCAUUGCUACGAUUUCAGAGUACCCUGGUAAUAGCUGAGCAUGCAAAUGAUUCCCUAGCACCCAUUACUUUAAAUACGAUUACUGCAGCCACACGCCUUGGAGGUGAAGUGUCCUGCUUAGUAGCUGGAACGAAAUGUGACAAGGUGGCGCAAGAUCUCUGUAAAGUAGCAGGCAUAGCAAAAGUUCUGGUGGCUCAGCAUGAUGCGUACAGAGGCCUACUUCCAGAGGAACUGACACCAUUGAUUUUGGCAACUCAGAAGCAGUUCAAUUACACACACAUCUGUGCUGGAGCAUCUGCCUUCGGAAAGAACCUUUUGCCCAGAGUAGCAGCCAAACUUGAGGUUGCCCCAAUUUCUGACAUCAUUGCAAUCAAGUCACCUGACACAUUUGUGAGAACUAUUUAUGCAGGAAAUGCUCUAUGUACAGUGAAGUGUGAUGAGAAAGUGAAAGUGUUUUCUGUCCGUGGAACAUCUUUUGAAGCUGCAGCAACAAGUGGCGGUAGUGCCAGUUCAGAAAAGGCAUCAAGUACUUCACCAGUGGAAAUAUCAGAGUGGCUUGACCAGAAAUUAACAAAAAGUGAUCGACCAGAGCUAACAGGUGCCAAAGUGGUGGUAUCUGGUGGUCGAGGCUUGAAGAGUGGCGAGAACUUUAAGUUGUUAUAUGACUUAGCAGAUCAACUACAUGCUGCAGUUGGUGCUUCCCGUGCUGCUGUUGAUGCUGGCUUUGUUCCCAAUGACAUGCAAGUUGGACAGACAGGAAAAAUAGUAGCACCGGAACUUUAUAUUGCUGUUGGAAUAUCUGGAGCCAUCCAACAUUUAGCUGGGAUGAAAGACAGCAAGACAAUUGUGGCUAUUAAUAAAGACCCAGAAGCUCCAAUUUUCCAAGUGGCAGAUUAUGGAAUAGUUGCAGAUUUAUUUAAGGUAGUUCCUGAAAUGACUGAGAUAUUGAAGAAAAAAUGAAUCAGGAUCAUGCCUUAAAAAGAAAAAUUACAUUAAAGUAUUCCACUGAAAUCACAGAUAUUUGUGGGUACUAUAACAAUCAUUGGAAAGCAUGGAGAGCUACAUUUCAUAAUUUGAGGAAAAUUUUCUAACAGAUGCCAGAAUGCUUGUUUAUGGGAUUACUAUGUUUCCUUUUAAUUAUUUGUGGUUCCAAGCAAUUAUUUUUUGAAAUUUUUAAUUCUAUAAUAAAAUCUAUAAUAAAACUUUUCCAUAGCUUUAAAACUAUCAGAAA